AUGUCGAAUUUCCGCCCAGUUCACUUUGUGCCUGCAAACCGUCAAGCCGAGAUGCUGGCUCUGCCAGUACUGAAGAUCUUUGCCGUGCCUCAUCAACAGCAAGCCGGUACAAACCACUGGUGCUUCUAUCUUAUGACAUCCUCAGACACAUCCGUUCAGAUUGAUUGUCAACCAAGCUACACUGAGCCUAGUUCUGUCCUUCGGGGAGGCUCCAAAGCCAACCUCGUGGUUUCGGAAUUAUCAUGUCUUGUUCCCAACGAUGCUCAAGAGCGCUUCGAGCUUGAUAUCACACCAGGGCUCUUAGUUGGGCAAGUUUAUGACCUCAUCAUCCAGAAUGCACGCCACAAGUACGAAUUCGACAUGGAUGGCGUCGGGUGUAGGUGCUGGGCCACCGGCCAGCUUGGUCUUUUCCACCAAGCUCAAAUCAUUACCAAUGAAUCCCAAGUUGCGGCGACAAAGGCUGCGAUCUUGAAGUUGUGGCCUGAGCAGACGCCGCUCCCGCUUGACCAAGGAGCCUAUUACCCAUGA